AGCCUUUCUUUCCCAAUUUAUAUUAAACCCAAUUUAUGUGCAAGUAUCAUAUCUGACUGUAAAUGAUAAGUAUAAUUUAAAAUUGUUGUAUCAGUAUAUUUUAUUUUUGGGUGGGUACAAUACUCAAUCCUGAUCUGAUCUUUGGUACCCAGAACAGAAUAGAAGAGAAGAGGAGAAGAGAAGAGAAGUUAGUCAUCGUAUUUGGUGUGUUUGUGCAUUCGAUCGAGAUAAUCUGAUUCUGAUGGAUGUGGUCGAAGCAGUAGUGUCUGUGGUAAAACAAAAACUGACGGACUUGGAGAUCGAAGAAACAGUGGUGUUCGACAAAGUGAAAAAGCCGAUGAAGGAGAUCAAAAUCAAACUCAAGAAGAUGGGAGGCUUCUUCAUCGACAAUUCGAUGAAGGUGAAGAAGGACUGGACCAAUCAUGACUACCUCCGCAUUGUUUACCAAGUUGAAGAUGACAUCGAAAAAAUUGCACUUUCCCUUGAACGCCAGAGGUGUUGUUUCCUUUUCUUCUUCAACAACCGCAAGUCUUGCCGAAAGCUCCACCGAAAGAUCGAUCGUAUUGGGUCUGCAAUCGAAACUGAAAUCAACCGUCUCAAGAAUCUCAGCCUUCUGAUUCCGACGGCGAGUUGGAAAUACCUUGUCUCCGACGAGAACGGUUUUCAAAACAACAUCAACGAGUCGUCACAUUCACACCAUCAGCGAAACACUUUUGGUCAAUCUGUUAAUAAUAUCAUCAUCGACGAUGACGACCAUCAUCCAGCAGACAAAGAAAAAGAUGAUGAUGAUCAAGUAGUAGAAUACCCAUGCCCUGUCCGGAAUAAUGUUGCUGUAAAAACUCCGAGUCUGAGGCAGCGGCGUACACUUACGUUUUCUUUUUCUUACGAAGAAGAAGAAUCAGGAAUUGUUGGGAUUCAAGACGAUGUAAAUGCGUUGGUGAAACGGCUUAAAACCUCUGACGACGAAGGUGGCUGCUAUGCUAUUCUUUCAAUUGUUGGUGCGGUGGGAUCGGGGAAGACUACGCUGGCACAAGCAAUUUACAAAAGCAAAGGUGUCAAGAGGUAUUUCAAUGGCGGCCGCGCUUGGGUUUUUUUCUCCAAAGAUUACACGAAAGAGGAUCUCUUGCUCAGCUUGUUAAAACAGCUCGAGAGUUCCAAGGACAAAUGCGAAGGGGGGGUGCCUCUAAAUCCCGAGCAAGUCCUGGUAGACAUGCUGUCGUCGGCGAAUAGGUAUCUGGUUGUCGUAGACAAUGUCCAUGCCGAUGGUGGUGUCUGGGAUGAACUAAAACAUGUGUUUCUGGAAGCAAGAAAUCGAUACAGCAAGAUCAUCCUGACUACUUGUCAUGAACAAGUGGGUAAUUGUUCGUCGUCCGCGGAUCUGCAUCGUAUGAAGGGGCUAAAUCAUCAAGAAAGCCGGAAAAUGUUCUUGAACAAGGCACGGCCCCGAGAAAGAUUCACUAAAUAUGCUUCCCAGGAUCAAAACAUGAUGAAGAUUCUUGAAAUAUGCCAAGGUAUGCCCUUGAGGAUUGUCCUCCUUGCAGGUUUGUUAUCUACCAAAAGCAGCGAUGAUGAAUUAUCACAAGUGUUAGAACAUAUCUGUAGGCAAUGUCAUGCGCAUUUGUUCAACAUCCAAUCGUUCUGUUACGAUGACCUACCUGCAGGCAGAAAACUCUGCCUGAUCUAUCUGGCGCUUUUUCCUAAAGAAUUCGACAUCCCGGUUAGGAGGUUGGUCCGGUUGUGGCUUGCCGAGGGAUUCGUGAAGCAAUCCCCAACAAUGGCCUCGGAGGAUGUAGCAGGAGAAUACUUUGAGGAUCUGGUUAACCGAAACUUGAUUCAGAUAUCGAAAUUUAGGUCCGAUGGGAGCCCCAGAAGAUGUCGGUUACCGAGCGCCCUGCAUGAUUACUUGCUCAGUAAAACCCAAGAAAUCAACCUUUUCCAUGUCCAUCGCAGCAAUUUUGAUUACAAUAAGGAAGCAGAAGGCCAAUUUGUGCUUCGCCGGAUUGUCGAGUACCAAGAUAUCAAGAAUUGCUCUCUCAAUUUCUCGCAACUUCAAUAUCUGAGGUCUUACAUAUCGUUCAACAUUCAAAAGAAAGACAUCCCUGCAAGGGAAGUCGCCAAUUUUGUCAAAAAAAUCAUUGGUAGCAGAGGCUUUGGGUUGCUCAGGGUGCUCGACCUAGAAGGCGUCUAUAAACCGAGUCUACCAGAUAAGCUCGGAGUUCUUUUUAAUUUGAGGUACUUGGGGUUGAGAUGGACUUUCUUGGACAACCUCCCUAAAUCUGUUGGCGACCUGCCCAACCUCGAGACAUUGGAUCUCAAGCACACAAAUAUCAAUAGCCUACCCAACUCCAUCUGGAAAUUGAAGCAUCUCCGACAUCUCAAUCUUAAUGAAAUCCGUCUCGACAUGCCUAAAAAACCGCUUCGUCUCUUGCCGGGGCUCCUGACUUUAUGGGGAUUGUUUGUAGAUGACAAGAGUUCGAUUAAGAAUGGGUUAAGCAAAUUACAUGAUCUAAGAGAAUUAGGCAUUACGUUCAAUCUGAUUUUGGAAUCCAGCUUAGACUUAGCUGAUUGGAUUUCAAAACUGACCAGCCUUCAAUCUCUAAGGUUGCGAUCCAAAGACGAAAGGGGACGUCCUUCCGAACUACAUUUGAAAUCAUUGUCGGCCCUAGAUAAGCUUUCCCACCUGAAUAUGCUAGGUAGUUUACAGAAGCUACCUGAUAUACAUGAUUUUCCACCAGGACUCAAAGUUCUAACAUUGUCAAUCUCACGCCUUACUGAAGAUCCCAUGCCAAUUCUGGGGCAGUUGCAGAGCCUAACUGUUCUCAGGCUUUUAGCUAAUUCGUGUCUCAGGAAGAAAAUUGUUUGCCCUGUCGGGGGAUUCUCUAAGCUUAAGGGCUUGAAACUCUGGAUGCUGAAUAACUUGGAGGAAUGGGAUGUGGAGGAAGGGGCAAUGCCGAAUCUCAAAGAAUUGAAUAUCAGAUGCUGUUGUAAGCUGAGUAUCCUGCCUCCAAUUCUGCUGAACUCCCUUGAAGAACUGGUCUUGACAAAAAUGCCAGAAAAAUUCGUAGCUAAUGUUCGACAGCAAAAACGUGAUCAUACAUACCUUACUGUUAAUGAUCAUUGGAGUUUCACUUCUUUGCCCGCGGAGUGGGAAGAAGAAUAAAAAGACUGAUAGAACGUAAGAUGAUGUUGCAUUUUUACAAUCUGUCCGAAACAAGUUCGCAGACUUACUACCAGCAGAAUCAUCAUCUGCCCUGAUCUAUCAGUUAGAAUUAGCUUGGGGAGAAGUUGGCCUUGCCAUCUUUUUCUCCCAUUGUCUUAAUUUGCUUUUUGUUGUGUUUUAUUAGUUCUUGUUUGUGUUUCUGCUUUCAUUCAAACCAGCAGCCCCCCAAAAAUAAAAAUCAUAAUAAUAAGAGCUGGUUAUUUUUGAUUUA